AUGAGCGCACCCGCCGAAGGUCACAAGGUUGCGCACAACAGGAACAGCUCCGCCACAGAGCGCAGCAACACCGACAGCGUUGGAACCGACACGAACCCGGAUGACCAUGGGUUCUCGCUCGAGGAGCAGAAGAGGAUCAUGAGGCGCGUCGAUGUGCGCCUCGUCACCACCGUCGGGCUCCUGUACUGCUUCUCCGUCAUCGACCGCUCCAACCUCCCUUCGGCCGCCGUGGCCGGCAUGAUCAACGACUUGGAUCUGACUGGCAACCGAUAUUCGAUCGUGAGCCUGGUCUUCUUCACGACUUACAUCACCUUCCAGCCAAUCUCCGUCAUCCUGUCUCGGACCCUCGGACCCCGCGCGUACUUCACAGGCAUCACCAUGCUCUGCGGAGGCAUCGUCAUCGGGAUGGGGUUCCUGACGCAUUGGAGCCAGAUGGUUGCUCUGCGGGUCGUUCUCGGCGCCCUCGACUCGGGGUUCUUCCCCAGCUGCGUCUAUCUCCUGAGCACCUGGUACACCCGUUACGAGGUUGGGAAGAGGUUCUCCGUGUUCUACAUGAUUGUGUGCUUCGCUUCGGCAUUCGCGGGCCUUUUGGCCUUUGGCCUCACUCGGCUUGACGGCACGGCAAACCUACGAGGCUGGACCUGGAUCUUCGUCAUAGAAGGCAUCAUCACAUGCGCCAUUGGCGUCGUGGGAUACUUCCUCCUGGUGGGAUUCCCGGACGCCCAGAAGCGGACGUGGAGGUUCCUCUCCGCGAAGGAGACCGCCUGGGUCAUCUCGAGAGUGCAAGCAGACCGCGGAGACGCCGAGCUGCCGGCGUUCAGCGUCAAGAAGUUCCUGAGGGGGGGCGCCGACGUCAAGGUGUGGGCCCUGUCCGUCAUCUACUUCAACAACGCCCUCGUCAACUUCUGCCUGCAAAAAGCCUUGUCCUUCUUCCUCCCCAUCAUCCUCAGAGACAACAUGGGCUUCAGCACGGGACAGGCCCAGAUCCUGACGGCGCCGCCCUACGUCUUCGCCGCCGUCGUCAUGUACGCCACGGGCUGGCUGGGGGACCGCUACAUGCUCCGGGGCCCGAUCAUCGUCGGGGACAUGCUCCUGUCCAUCGUCGGCACGUGCCUCAUGGGCUUCCACGGCGACGUCGCCGUGCGCUACCUCGGCGUGUUCCUGGUCACCGCGGGCGCGGUCAGCGCCGCGCCGGCGACCAUGGCGUACCAGGCCAACAACAUCCGCGGGCAGUGGAAGCGCGCCUUCUGCAGCGCCUUUGUGGUCGGCAUCAGCGGGCUUGGCGGGAUUGCCGGGUCCCUUGUCUUCAGGCGAGACAAGCCCCGUUACCUUCCGGGACUCAGCACGUGUUUGGGGUGUGCGGUCCUCAACAUCGUCGUGGUCAUCUGCAUGAGCUUCUACUUCUACUACUGGAACUCCAAGGCCGAGCGCGGCGAGGUCGAGCUUGAGGCAUCGGAUGUGAGUGGCUCCCAAUGA